UUGUUUUUUUACAAUCAACUUUAUUGAGGAAUAAUUAUCAUAUAAUACAAUGCAUCCAUUUUAAGUAUAUGAAAAUAUAAUUUUUAACUCUAAGGUUUCUUUUUCUUUCUAGAUACACAUCUAGAAUGGAGACUUGGAAUACGUUUUGGGGGAUCCUCUUCCUUGCAGCUAGUUUUGACUUCAUCAAGUCACAGAGAACUGUCUGCAGGGAGGCCUCUGUGGGAGAUAUCGUGUUUCUGGUGGACACCAGCAUCAACCCCCAACAGGCCCGCAGUGUGCGGAGCUUCUUGUCCGCUCUGGUGAAAGGCUUCAAUGUCAGCAGAGAGACCAUCCGCGUGGGUCUGGCCGAGUACAGCGAUGAACCCAGUUCGGAGUUCCUACUUUCUACCUACCACCGCAAAAGCGAUGUGUUGAGACACAUUCAGAGGCUUCCAUUCAAGCCUGGGGGCAGGAAGACGGGCCUGGGCCUGCAGUUCAUCCUAGAUCACCACUUUCAGGAAACAGCUGGUAGCCGUGCAAACCAAGGGGUGCCUCAGGUCGCUAUGGUGAUCAGCAGUGGCCCAGCUGAGGACCAUGUCCGUGAACCAGCGGAGGCACUGAGAAGGGCAGGCAUCCUGCUUUAUGCUGUUGGCAUCAGAGAUGCCGUUUGGGCAGAGCUCAGGGAGAUGGCAAGUAGUCCUGAGGAGAAGUUUGCUUCCUUGGUUCCCAACUUCCCUGGUCUGGGAAACCUUGUCCAGAAGCUGCGGCAGGAGCUCUGUGACACUUUGGCAGAGGCGACUCAGCCUGUUGACCACAUCUCUCCAGCUUGCAGAGAAGCAGCCCUGGCGGACAUUGUGUUCCUGGUGGACAGCUCAACCAGCAUUGGACCCCAGAACUUCCAGAAAGUGAAGAACUUCCUUUACUCUGUUGUCUUGGGGCUUGACAUCAGCAGUGACCAGGUCCGAGUGGCACUUGUCCAGUAUAAUGACAACAUCUACCCAGCCUUUCAGCUGAACCAGUACCCUCUGAAGAGCAUGGUCCUGGAGCAGAUCCAGAAUCUGCCCUACCGCACAGGAGGCACAAGCACGGGGAGCGCCCUGGAAUUCAUCAGGACCAACUACUUGACUGAGGCAGCUGGCAGCCGGGCCCAGGAUGGGGUUCCUCAGAUAGUUAUUCUGGUGACAGAUGGGGAGUCAAGUGAUGAAGUCCAGGAGACCGCUGACAGGUUGAAAGAAGAUGGAGUUGUUGUGUACGUGGUAGGGAUUAAUGUCCAGGAUGUCCAGGAGUUGCAAAUAAUAGCCAGUGAACCAUUCGAGAAGUUUCUCUUCAACACUGAAAACUUCAACAUCCUGCAGGAGCUGUCAGGAAGCAUCCUUCAGACCCUGUGCUCAGCAGUGGAGGGUGAGAUUAAAGAAUUCAGCAAGGCUUAUGCAGACGUGGUCUUUCUUGCUGACACCUCUCAGGACACAUCAUGGGACAGUUUCCAGUGGAUGAGGAAUUUCAUCUCCAGAGUGGUUGGCAUGCUGGAGGUUGGCAAGGACAAGUACCAGAUCGGGCUGGCUCAGUAUGGUGAUCGAGGUCACACUGAAUUUUUGCUCAAUACCUACCAGACACAGAACGAGAUGAUUGUUCACAUCCAGGAGCAGUUUAGGCCCCGGGGUGGCCCCAGGAGGACAGGCAAGGCUCUGCGGUACCUUCGUCAGACCUUCUUCCAGGAGGCAGCAGGAAGCCGGUUUCUCCAGGGCAUUCCCCAGUAUGCAGUGGUCAUUACUUCGGGCAAGUCUGAGGAUGAGGUCUGGGAGGCCACACAGGCACUGAGGAAGAAAGGUGUGAAAGUCAUGUCUGUGGGCUUGCAGAACUUUGACAGGAAAGAAUUGGAGGGAAUGGGAACCCCAACCUUUGUAUAUGAGAUCCAAGGAGAAGAUGGAGUCAGACGGGCGCUGCAAGAUGUGCGUGUGGUGAUCCAAGAGACUGAGCAGCCAACGCUCAGUACUACUCAGGUCUUCGAGGAGGCUGAAGUAGUAUGUCCAAAGGCUGUUCCAACUGACUUAGUAUUCCUGGUUGAGGAAUUUAGCAGGGCUGGUCAAUCAAAUUUCCGACAGGUUGUCUAUUUCCUGAAGACCACUGUCAAAUCGCUAAGAAUCCACCCUGGUGCUGUGAGAAUUGGCUUGGUCUUUUACAGUGGGGAACCACGACUCGAGUUUUCGCUGGAUACAUUUCAGAAUCCAGCCCAAAUCUUGGCGCAUUUGGAUAAAUUAACCUACCGAGGAAGAGGAGGAAGGCUGAAGACUGGUGCUGCUUUGGAUUUCCUAAGGAACAGGGUUUUCAUUCAGGAGAAGGGCAGCCGGUCCAACCAAGGUGUGCAACAGAUAGCUGUGGUCAUCACGGAAAGUGUCUCCCAGGAUAAUGUGUCCAGACCAGCUUCUCUCCUCCGAAGGGCAGGGGUUACCAUCUAUGCAGUGGGCACCCAGCUUCCCUCAGAGAGCAAGGACCUGGAGAAAAUGGCGUCGUAUCCUCCUUGGAAACAUGCGAUCUCCCUAGAAUCUUUCCUGCAACUCUCUGCUGUGGGGAACAAGAUUGAGAAGGAGCUCUGCACUGAAAUUGUGGGCAAAAUGGAUUUAGAUUCAAGAGUGGGCUAUGCCCCACAAGAAGGUAAGAAGGCCUUUUCCAAAGUUGAUCAUUUUUUUUUUAAUUUAUUCUACACCGGGUCCCAUCCACCCACCCUAUCGCCUGUGGGUGCUGGGUUCCAGCAAGGAAACAUGGGUGGGGCUUGGUAUCAACAGCUUUGGCUAUACCCCAUCUCAGACUCUGCUCUAAUGCAUUGGGUUGUUUGUUCUUCUUAUUGCCUAGAUUGUGUGCAUAUUAAGAAGGCAGAUAUUUACUUCCUUAUCGACGGUUCUGGCAGCAUCACACGCGAAGAUUUUCUUGAAAUGAAGGUGUUCAUGAAUGCGGUGAUAAAGAAGUUCUCUGUCGGGCCUGACAGAAUACAGUUUGGAGUCGUUCAGUACUCACGUGACACUCAGAGGCAGUUUAUCCUCAGUCAGUAUCCCAGUGUGGCAGAGCUGAAGGUAGCCAUUGAUGGCAUCCGGCAGAUGGGCGGUGGCACCAACACAGGUCAGGCCUUGAAUGAUAUGAAGCAGAUCUUUGCAGACACUGCCCGCAGCAACAUCCCUCGAUAUCUCAUAGUCAUCACUGACGGAAAAUCUGAUGACCCGGUGGCCGAAGCUGCAGAGGCCUUGAGGGGAGGCAACAUCACCAUCUACGCAAUUGGAGUAAGAGAUGCUAACACUGAUGAGCUUAGAAAAAUAGCGAAAGACAAGAUUUUUUUUGUGUUUGAGUUUGAUUCCUUGAAGGCCAUCCAAGAAGAAGUGGUACGGGAUAUCUGCUCCUCAGAGAUCUGUAAGGAUAGGAAAGCUGACGUUAUCUUCCUGAUAGAUGGCUCAGAAAGCAUCUCCUCAAAAGACUUUGAAAAGAUGAAGAAAUUCAUGGAGAGAAUGGUGAACAUAUCAAAUAUUGGUCCUGAUGAAGUUCAGAUUGGCCUUUUGCAGUUCAGCACAGAGCCCCAGGAAGAAUUCGUGCUCAACCGAUAUUCUUCAAAGGUGGACAUUCGCAGAGCCAUCUUGGCUGUUCAGCAAAUGAGUGAUGGCACCCACACAGGGAAGGCCCUGAAUUUCACUCUGCCUUUUUUUGACAGCUCGAGAGGAGGGAGACCCAGUGUUCAUCAGUAUUUGAUUGUCAUCACCGACGGGGUUGCAAAGGAUAGUGUAACAAUACCAGCCAAGGCCCUCAGGGACAGAAACAUAAUUAUUUUUGCCAUUGGGGUGGGGGAAGCCAAAAACUCUCAGCUUCUGGAGAUUACUAAUGACCAGGACAAAGUGUACUAUGGAGAAAAUUUUGAAUCCCUUGAGAACCUGGAGAAAACAAUUGUUUAUCGGGUCUGCACCCCACAAGAAUGCAACACGGAGUUGUCUGUAGGAAUUGAUAUCUCUACUUCCAGAAGGCAAGGUCAGCAGAAGCUUCAAGAGUUACUGCCAGAACUGAUGCGACAGUUGGCAUUGCAUUCCAACAUCAGCUGUCACGUUCCUGGUCAGACCAACAUGAGGUUUCGCUACAUGGUUCCUGGCCCAGAUGGGCAGGUUACCUUUGACUCAUACUUUCAGAAUUCCAAUGACAGGAUCACCCAGAUGUUCUUGAAUGCCAAAAGCAAUCGUAUGGAUGUGGAGUUUUUGCAGUCCCUGGGGAAUGUUGCUCUCCUGGCUUCUGCUAAAGUGAAGGUCAUUUUAGUGUUUACAGAUGGACUGGAUGAUGAUUUAGAAAGACUGAAGGAAAAAUCCAAGCUUCUCCAUACCGCAGGGCUCUCUGGACUCCUGGUAGUUGGCCUGGAAGGCGUGCAGAAAUUAGAAGAGCUCCAGGAACUGGAAUUUGGCAGAGGACUUGCAUAUAAGCAACCUCUGAGCAUCACACUGAGAUCCCUCCCAAGCCUCUUACGGAAACAACUUGACACAAUUGUAGAAAGAACGUGCUGCAAUACGCACGUGCAUUGUGUCGGAGAAGAAGGGGACAAAGGACAUGAUGGGGUUCCUGGGAGCAAGGGAGAGAAGGGUCCUGACGGAUUACCAGGUCAUCCUGGUGAAGAAGGUAUACCUGGAGAGAGAGGUCCCCGUGGUCUUCCUGGACCCCGAGGGGAAGGAGGAUGCCCAGGUCUGAGGGGACCUAAGGGAGCAAGAGGAUUUUCAGGAGAGAAGGGUGACCCUGGUGAGAAAGGUCUUGAUGGCUUGAAUGGAGAACAGGGUGAGCGUGGAGUCCCAGGGUCAUCUGGAGAAAAAGGAAGUAGAGGAAAUCAGGGCUUGACGGGACCUCCAGGACGACCUGGAGAGCAUGGAGCGCCUGGCUUAAGGGGAGAUCCUGGGGAUCCUGGAGCUGAUAGUUACGUUCAAGGCCCUAAGGGAGAAAAAGGAAGGCGUGGGCAUCAGGGAAGUUCUAGUUUCGAUGGACGUCAAGGGGAAACUGGAAACAUCGGCCCUAAUGGAUCAAGAGGAAGACAAGGUUGGCCAGGGUUGAAGGGUGUGCGUGGACAACCUGGUGAACAAGGCUACCAAGGAGAACUCGGGUAUCCAGGCCCACAGGGACCAAGAGGAAGGCAAGGAAUACCGGGAAUUUCUGGACAAAAAGGCUUACUGGGCGCUCAGGGGAGUCCUGGGUCUCCAGGGCCAAACGGUUCUAAAGGAAAAGCUGGGCCAGGAGGAAUGAAGGGAGAGCUUGGUGAAGUAGGACAAGAAGGCCCAUGGGGACCACAAGGACCAAGAGGGCAGCCUGGUCUUCUGGGUCCAGAUGGAUAUGGACAUCCAGGAAGAAAAGGAGCAAAGGGCAAACCUGGAUUUCCUGGCUAUCCUGGCGCACAAGGAGAAGAUGGUGACCAGGGGCACCGAGGAGAAAAGGGAGCAAAAGGAAUCAGAGGGAAGAGGGGUAAUGCUGGCUUUCCUGGAUUUGCUGGAACUCCAGGGGGGCAAGGCCCACCAGGACAAAUGGGUGUCAAGGGCCCCAAAGGUUUGGUAGAUAUGAUGCCUUGCGACAUUGUCAAUCUCACACGAGAAAACUGCCCUUGUUCAACAGGUGCUUCCAAAUGCCCAGCAUUCCCAACUGAAGUGGUUUUUGCCUUGGACAUGUCAAAUGAUGUCUCCCAGUUGGAUUUUGAAAGGAUGAGAGACAUUCUAUUCUCUCUGUUGAUGAAGAUGGAAAUAAGUGAGAGUAACUGCCCAACGGGUGCCCGAGUGGCCAUCGUUUCGUAUAAUGCCAAAACAGAUUACCUGGUUCGCUUCUCAGACUACAAGAGAAAGACUGCCCUCCUGCAGGCUGUUACAAAAAUCCCCCUGGAAAAGUCUUCUGGCUCCCGGAACCUUGGGGCCACCAUGAGAUUUGUGGGGAGACAUGUAUUCAAACGUGUGCGCUCGGGCCUUCUCGUGAGGAAGGUGGCUGUAUUCUUUCAGACAGGCUGGACCUAUGAUGUGGCUUCCAUCAGCACAGCCACACUGGAACUCAGCGCACUGGACAUCGUUCCUGUGGUCAUCACCUUCACGAAAGAGCACAACCUCCCAGAUGCCCUGGUGAAGGAUGCGACCAACAGAUUCCACCUGUUCGUCUGGGAGACCAUGAGGCAGCAGGACACGGAGCAUAUGGCCCACUGUACUCUCUGCUAUGACAAGUGCCGACCCCACCCGGAUUGCGCCCUGGACUCGCAGAGGCCCCUGGUGGUAGACGUGGAUGUGGCGUUCGUGGUGGACGGCUCCAACGGCGCCGGCGCAGAAGUGUAUCCUGCGGCCUUGAGCCUAGUGGCCGCAGCGCUCGACGACCUGGAGGUGGCCGCGCAGCCCAGCGCGUCCCGCCGCGGGGCGCGCGUGGCCCUGGUGACGCACACGACGCCUGGCUUCAGGCCCGGCGGAGGGCGCCCUCCGGUGACUGAGAGCUUCCACCUGACCUCCUACGACCACCGAACCGAGAUGCAGCGACAAGUCCGCGAGGCCGCAGGCCGCCGCCUGCAGGGAGCCCCAGCUCUGGGUCACGCUCUGGAGUGGACGCUGGAAAAGGUGCUUCUGGCAGCCCCACUGCCGCGGAGAACGCGGGUCCUCUUCGCCAUUGUGGCCAGCGAGACCAGCAGCUGGGACCGGGAGAAGCUAAGGACUUUGUCCCUGGAAGCCAAGUGCAAGGGCGUCGCUCUCUUUGUGCUGGCCUUAGGCCCGGGCGUGGGGCCCUUCGAGCUGGCUGAGCUGGACCGGGUGGCCAGUGCCCCCUCCGAGCAGCACCUGCUGCGCCUAGAGGGGGUUUCGGACCAGGAGAUGGCAUACGCCCGGGGGUUCACGCAGGCCUUUUUCAACCUCCUAAAUAGUGAAACAAACCAGUACCCACCCCCAGAGCUCACUGAUGAAUGUGGGGGCCUGAACCGUGGAGACAUCCCAGUGCAACAAGUCAUGUCUCGCAAGAGGUUGCUCAAGGGCCAGUUUGGCACGCCUGCCAUCGCUGAUGAUUUGGAAGCACUUGAAGCAACAGACUUUUUUCUAGGGGGGGAGAAAAAAGCCACGACAACAAGUAUAACUCAACAAGAAGCACUUGAAAAUUAUUAUGAAAAGAAUGAAAAUGACUCUGGAAAAAAUGAACAAAAAACACCAGCAAAACAAGAAACAAGACAAGAACUCAAUUUAGGCACCACCUACGGUCCUUGCUUCAUGGGUCCAGAGGAAGGCGAGUGCCAGGAUUACAUCCUGAAAUGGUACUACAACAAGGAGGAACAGGCUUGCCAGCAGUUCUGGUAUGGCAGCUGUGGGGGCAACGCCAACCGAUUUGACACCGAGGAGGAAUGUGAGGCUCAGUGUAACCGCAAACUCCUAGGGAAUUAAGCAGAGCCUCAUUGCUGUUGCCCCUCCUUGGUGGCUGAUGGAACCGAGAUUACCCCUACUGAAGCAAGGUCACAUAGCUCCUAAGUGACAGUGCUCACAACCUCAGAUGUUGGACUCCUACCCCCUGAAUUUUUUUUUCGCCAGUGAUGGCUUGGGCCAGAUGACUUGUAACUUGAGAGAACUGAAUUCUCAUAGUCAAAGAAAGUAACUGAAAUAAGUAAUUUCCUGAAAAUUAUUUAAAUGAAUUAGUACUGAAUGAAAAAAGCAAUUUGAACUUGACCUAUACCAUUACUUUAAUUUUUUUUUUUUGGACGAUGUAGCUAAAGCAAAAUCAAUGUAAGCAGUGAGCAAAACCUCGUUUGGAUGAGUUGGAAAGUUGUUUUGUAUUUUGCCACUAGAAAGUGGGGAAGUAUCCAUCAAAAGAGGGGGCCUUGAAAAGGGGGUGUCUAAUGUGAAACUCCGUCCUUACUACCUGGUGUAAAAAUAAAGGCAUUCUUUAUACAA